AUGACUGAAAACAGUAAUAUUGAAGCAGCAGGGAUAUCUGCUAGCACUCAACCAUCUUCUCCACCAUCAGGUGUUCGUAAGAAUCAGUCAGCUGUCUGUGAUCAUUUUUAUGUAGAGAAUGCUACCGAGAAGAAGGCUAAAUGCAAAUAUUAUGGUAGCUUAAUACAAUAUGGGAAUGGAACCAGCUCAAUGGGUGGUCAUUUAAGAAGAUGCAAGCAACAUCCUAAUAAUGAUUCGAACAAAAGAAGAAAAAUAACGACCACACCGACUAUAGAUGAGCGUGGUGUUUUAAAUUCACCCAAUGCUUCCAAAUUUGACCAAGAGGAGGCUCGAAGAGCACUUGUGGAAAUGCUUAUUGGGGAAGAGCUACCAUUUCACUUCGUUGAAAGCCUGAAAUUCCAAAAAUUUGUGCAUGCCCUACAAGCAAGAUUCAAAGUUCCUUCACAGACUACAUUAGCACGUGACAUUAGAGCUCUUUAUGCUGAAGAGAAGAUGAAGUUGCAAGAUUUUCUUUCGACAAAUUGUGGUAAAGUAUUUAGUGUGACAGUUGAUAAUGCCUCGUCUAAUGAUGUUGCAAUUAAAUAUCUGAAGCAGCGAUUGAAUUCUUGGAAUAGCAUUAUUUUGAAUGGUGAAUUUAUUCAUAUGAGGUGUUGUGCACAUAUUAUAAACUUAAUUGUAAAAGAGGGGUUGAAAGAUAUUGAUGAAUCAAUCUUGAGGAUUCGUAGUGCAGUAAAGUAUGUUAGAUCUUCUCCAUCUAGAGCUAGUAGGUUUCAAAAGUGUGUUGAACUAGAAAAAAUUCAAUAUAAAGGCUUUCCUUGCAUAGAUGUUGAGACUAGGUGGAACUCUACCUAUCAAAUGUUAGAGGUAGCUUUGAAGCAUCGCAAAGCAUUUGAGUUGCUUGCUAUGAAAGAUAAUACCUAUAUAGGAGAAAUGAAUGGAGGAAAAGGGAGAGGUGUUCCUUCUGAUUUAGAUUGGGAGUAUGCUGAGUCCAUUGUACCAUUUUUGCAAGUGUUCAGUGAUGCCACUAUAUGUGUUUCUGGUACCUUAUAUGUUACCAGUGACAUGUAUAUGAAGGAAGUAUUUGCAAUUGGACAAUUUAUUUGUCAUUUUUGUGAUUCUAUUGAUUUUAGUACUAUGUCAAUGGCAGAAAAGAUGAGGGUUAAGUAUGAGAAGUAUUGGGGCAAUCCUAAUUUAGUGAAUAUGUUGUUAUUGAUUGCUAUCGUACUUAAUCUAAUGCAAAAGAUUGAGUAUGUCAAUUAUUUCUUGGAUUACUUCUUUGGAGAAGAAAAAGGAGGUGAAUUGAAGUCAAAGUUGUUCAAAUGCAUAAAGUUACUUUAUCAGCAAUACCAAAGUUCUGAGGAAGCAAGUGAAGCUGAUACACAAGAUGUUCAAGCCAAUAACAUUAAUACCGAUCUUCAUGGCAUGGGCUUUUUUCUGCAAGCAACCGGUCGCAGAACAAAUACAAGAUCUGAACUUGUUAGAUAUUUACAAGAAGAAUGUGAGCCAUACUCCCAUAAGUUUGAUAUACAAAACUGGUGGAAGGUCAACUCAACCCGAUUUCCAAUUCUUGGAAAUAUGGCUCGUGAGGUAUUGGCUAUACCUAUUUCUACGGUAGCUUCGGAGUCUGUAUUUAGUACUGGAGGAAGAGUCCUCGAUCCAUACCGCAGUUCCUUAACACUUAGAAUGGUAGAGGCCUUAAUCUGCACAGGAGAUUGGCUUAAGGAAGAUCUUUUCUCUACUUUAGAUGAUGAUGAUGAAGUUCUUCAACAAGUUUAUCAAAACAUAUUUUCCUCUAAUGAUGGUGCUUGUUCUAUGGCGGCAUCAAUUGAUAAUCUUGAUGAUGACUAG